AUGCAACAACAAAUCAUACACCCUCAGAAACCCUUGCCAGGUAAGACAGGACAUGAUCGUGAUAAAGGUACGGAAGGAGAAGGAGUUGAAGCAAAUGGAGGUAAUGGAGGAAUUGGGAAAUGGAAAGAUGGACCUGUAAAAAAUGCUUGUUUGUCAUGUAGGACUAAGAAGGCUAAAUGUGAUGGUACCAGACCUAUAUGUGGACAGAUGGAUAAUGAAAGGCAUGAAGAUCAUCAUCGUGUGGUGUCAGGAUUAGAUCGAGGACUCUCAUACCCCGGUGGUCGUUCGUCGCCACCCAUGCUGGCAUCCUGUGUCAAAAAAGGAGCCGAAUGCGUGUAUGUUAAAUCCAGACGUGGAGGUGCGAGGAGAAAGAGAGAAGCGAUGGUCACACCGUCCGCUUUACAGGAAUUUCUAAAACGACUCGAUGGUCUUUUAGGUAUACCAGAAUUCAAUCUCGCUCCAGCUCCUUCCAACAUGCCCACCGACACUACCAACAUUCUCCGUCGUUUCUCUUCCAGGGAUGAGAUUCUACGAUGUUACUACAACGAAGUUCACCCUUUCUUACCAGUCAUGCCACCUCGACAAUACAUGUCCGAAGUUUCACGAUGGCUUCUCCCAGAAUCACCUUUUCUCUAUGCCGCUCAGACCAUUCUCACUCUCGUACCCCAUGGUCUCGACCCUCGACCUGCGUCGGCAGAAUCAAAAUACAUUCGUUCUCGAGCUUCUCGCGAAUUGGCCAACAAGACCAUGGCUCUCAUAGACCGUAUGGAAGAUCCAAAAUCUCGAAUCGAAUGUGUUCAGGCUCUUUCCAUGUUGUCUCUCUGGGAAUGGGGUUGCGCCGCUAAUCCUUCUCAAUCCAGAGCUAGAUCAGCGCAAGCAGUUCAAAUAGCCAUGGAAUUAGGUUUACACGAAUUAGAUCGUUUUGCCAUUGCUUCUGCUGGAACGGGAGUCAGUGGGGGUAGAAGUAUGGAAGGUGUGGAUUGGAAACAAGAUAUGUCAAGAAGAACUUGGUGGUGUGCUUAUGUUCAUCAACUCAUGUCUUGUAUAGUAUCAGGUGCUUCUCCAGUUUUAUCAGCAACGGAUCCUCGAAUCAAAGUCAAUUUCCCAGUUUGCGCAGUCAACGAUAACGCUUGGCCGAAUUGGAUUCUUACCAUUCAACAAUGUGCUACCGUUUUCGCUUUGGUCAAUAACGCGUAUUAUUCUCAACAAGUUCAAUCCGCAGCAUGGGGAGAAAGACCUGUGGAAAUGCUUUUGGAAGAAAAGAUCAAAGUUCAUCAAGAAAUGUUUGAAAUAGAUCGACAAGUUAUGGAACUUAUGCAAGAAGCAGAAAGAACAAGUGUUAUCGAACUCGUUCCUGGUGGUGAAGAAGAAGUAGUCCGGAAUCAACAAUUAUCAGCAAGAUUAGGAUUAGCAGUAAUGCACAUUCAUAUUCAUCGACAUCAAGCUUUUCCAGAAGUUUCUUUAUUCAGUAAAAGGAUUUGUGGUCUACCGAUCAAUACCGAUAAUAACACCUCAACUCCUGCUCCAAGUACGAACAGUUCAAAUUCUGCGAAAGGAAUUUUACAUCCAGAUAUGAAUCAUAUAAAUCCUUUACUCGUUUCUUCUCCACAUCACGAAUUAUCAUAUGGAGCAGCCAAUGAACUCAUCGCCAAUUCUAUGAUCAAUCGUUCAAUUUCACCAGAAUCAAAUUCACAACAUUCUCAAGCUCCGAUCCAAAAUCUAGCUCAAAACCAAAGUCAGAAACAAAACCCUCUAUUAUCGACAUUUUAUCAAUUAUCAAAUGAUAUGUGGCAACCUGAAACUUAUCCAGAUUCUUUACCUGCACCUUGGUUUUCUCAACCGAAUGGUGCGGCAUCUCUUUACGCUCCAGUCGAAGUUUCACCAAGACAUUUACCUCCUUUGGUAGGAUAUCAACCUGUUCCACCUUUAAACCAAUCGCCUGCAUCUUCAAACUCACAUCUCUUGUCUUCACCGGCGGAUAGAAGUAGAUCGGUCAGUACGGAUGGUGGAAAGAAACAUAAUAAAGCAUGGGGUGUGAGUUCGGAAGAUAAAGUUGUUGCGGAAGAAGCAAACAUCGAUUCGGCUGCUAUUGCCAACAGAACGAUUUUCCCACCUGGUGUCAGUUUGGCGAGAUGUGCGACGGCUGCACAUACUAUUGUGAGGUUGGAGGUUUUACAUAGAAGUGCUGUCAUUGCCAUGUGGGAAGGACCACCAAAAUGGCUCCCCUUCUGCGCUUGUGGUCUAGUCACAGGAGCCUACGCUUUCCUUUUACUAGCAUUAGCAUGUCAACAACAAACCAUGCUUCUCGGUUAUCCUCCCGAUCAUAUUUCUGAAGAAGUCGACGCUUUGUUGAAUAAUGUGAGAGUCAUCUUGGCUGGUUUGGAUGCGUAUGGUGUCAUGUGGGCAGGAAUUGAGGUAAUGGCUGGCGAAGUUCGUGCAGCAUUAGAAGCGGCAGUCAGAUUACCUCAUGAUGUUCACGCUCAAAUAAUGUCAGCUUCAAUAAGUAAUUCUUCCACUCCUCCGAAUCAGAGGGAGGUCUAUAAUGAAGGUGGGGAAGAGAUGUACGAGUAUGGUGAAUAUGAGUAUGAUAGUUGA